UUACAUUUUAAAAAUAUUCCAUUGGUGGUUAAAGUUAUCUCCGAAUCGAUUGGGUCUUUUAUGAUCAGCAAUAAUAAUCCCCUAUUAUCUGGGAUAAUUGAUGUUAUGAAUUUACAUCCUGAUCUAAUUGAAUGA